AUGGCUGUAGUCAACUUGGCUAGCAACACGGCGGCCGUCUGUCUAGUUGGAGACAUAGGUUCAAGGCAUCAUGGCGGAGUCACAAUGUUGGCCCGUCUGUCUAGUUGGAGACAGAGGUUCUGGACAGUGGUCGGCAUGGCAGAGUCACAAUGGGGCUGUCUGUCUAGCUGGUGA